CUGACUGUUCCUCUCCGUACCAGACAUAGAUGUUGCUCUUUACAGGCUCGGCUGUUUGUAUGCCAGUAAUAUUGUAGCAUUGCAAAUUUUCUGAAAAAGCAAUCUUCUUUUUAAAUAUAUCACAGAUUAUCACUUUCUUAAAACAAGAUAUUUUAAAGUAUUUUUUUCUGACGUUCAUAUCUGGCCACCAUGGGUGGACUGGGGAAUGGUCGUCGUGGAGGAAGAGCCCCUCCUUUAAUGGUUGCCGCCCUAAUUGCCUGUAUCUUGGUUUUGGGCUUUAACUACUGGGUGUCCAGCUCUCGCAACCUGGAGCUACAGACCAAGCUGUAUGAGCUGGAAGGCCAGGUGCGACGAGGAGCGGCUGAGCGAGGCGUCGCAGAGAUGAAGAAGAAUGAGUUUCAGGACCAGAUUCAGAAACAGGUGGAAGAGAUCAGUCACAUUGAAAGCCUUCGCAGGAAACAACUGGAUACGUACAGCCAAGAGAAGGCUAAAUUGCAGCAAAAUAUUUCCUCCAGUACCAAAACCAUAGAGGAACUAAAAGGUCAGCUGAAUCAGAUGAACAAUGACUUGGGGAAGCUUCAGAAAGAGCUGCAGCGUUGCCAGGCCAACACAAGCAUCCUCAGCAAUAAGCUCACUGUUGACAUAGCUCACUGUCAGUCUCAGGUUCUGUCCCAAAAGAAGCUGUGUGACGAGAAAGUGGCAGCUGCUAAACUUGAAGUUCAGAAGAAUGUUCAGAAAGUCGUUCCGCCUGCAGGUUCUCCCACACAGCAGAAAAACGCAGAGGCUGGAGAACAGAAAGAAGAGCCAAUAGGAAAGGCCGCUCCCACAGAGGCUGAAGCAGCAGCAGCAGCUGUGAGCCAGAAACCAAACAUCCCUCAGGGCAAAGGAAGUAAAGUUUCUGAGCUGCUCAUCAACAACAUCAACACUGACAAAGAGUGGUCAGAACAGCCUCUGAUAGACGAUCUCUCUAAAGCCGAGUCCCAGAGCGUUCCCAUGGCUGGUUCAGAGAAUCGGAACAAACUGCAGCAGAAAGAGGGAGAAGGGAAAACUUCCGAGGCGACGACCAGAAAAGGUUUGACAAACCAUCUGAUGGACGAUAAAGACAUAGAGGUGAUGGACGUUCACGAGGAAGAUGCCCGAACUGAAGAAGCAGAUCAGGGAGUGCAGGACAUCCUAAACGGUCAAGAAAAGCCAGAGGAGACGGCUAACGGUCAAAGACCUAAGGAACCAGAUGAAUAUGACGGAGACGAGCAAGUUGUCGAUGGAGUUGAUUUGGAGAAAGAACAGAGAAAUAAAAACACGGAGGAGGAAAUGGCCGACUACAAUGGCGACGAUGAGAAUGAAGGAGAGUUUGAAGCUGACAAACAAGCUGCACUUGCUCAAAACUGAGAAUCCUGCUGCUGUUUUGCAGACACAAUAGAGGAAGAAUCCUCCAAAUCUCCCCUUUCAGAGAGCAGGAGAUGUUGUGCACCACAGCUCUGCAGCAAACACAGCAAAAACACAGACCCGUUUCAGCGUUUUCUUGAUCUCGUUCAGAUGAUCAGAUGACCAACUAUCGUUGUUCCUCAUUUGAGGACUUGUCAUCCGUUUCCUUCUUGUUUCUCUCUCUUUUUUUUUUUUUUGCUUUGUUUUAGCGAAUGUCAGACAUGACUGAAGACAUCUCAUAGCUUGACACCAUUUGGGCCACGUCGAUGUGGAUUAAAAUGAGAAGUAUUUCAUGAUGUGUUGACAGGUCUUGAGGUCACUUGAUAGCAACUGUAAAUUCAGAUAUCAACUUACCGCUGUUGGGCUUCAGGGUGUGAAAUACUGAGAUGAGCUUCAAGAUCUGUGUGCUUGCUGUGACACGCAUCAGCCACCAGAGAGCGCUGUUACUUUUCUCAUUAUUGUAUCUUUAACAAGCCUUCGCCUUUCUCUGGUAUAGUUUCUUAGAACAUUUUUUUAAAUAUUUGAGUUUAUUUCAAGUCAGUAUUCACCCUUCUCUUAAACAUUCUUUAAGCGUCCAGCCCUGUAACAGAAGGAAGUUACAUUUCCUGUAGUUUCCUGCUAUAUUUCUCUCAUAAAAAAUGCUGCAUUUGUAGUUUGGUUUAAUUAUUGAUCAUUCCUAAAAACAGAAAGGGGAAAAAAAAAAAACACAAACAUAAUUACAGUUUAUAGAUGAUUCGAACGUUUUGUUUGAAGCAUGAUUUUAUUGCAGUACAGUUAUAUUUAGUAAUUAACUCUACACCAUCAUUGAAAUGUUCAGGCGCUUCAUUGGGAGCAGGCGUUUCCUUCUGAGCUGUAUUUUCUACAGAGCAUCGUGUGGGUUACUGUUUGCAUCUUUGUGUAUUUGAACUGGAAUAAGGGGAUGCUGGAAGUGCUCUCCUGCAGAUCCUAAAUGUCGCUGCUCCAGGCCGCAUCUGCUUUUGUUGACCAGUUGUGUGUCGACAUCUUAAUCGGCUGUCUCUGUGGAGGUCGAACGUGUAAAGACGGUGAGAUAUCUCGUUGCGCUCACAGUCUGCCGCAUCCUCUGUGUCAGUAUCCGGCAGGGACUUUUAAAAAAAUUGCUGUAAUGUAAUUGUACACAUUUACACGAAGCUUCGUGGCUCCUCGGAGCCAGUAGAAGUGAACUGCAACUCUGAGAUGUGCGUGUGCAUUUCAUAGUGAAGCUACACUGAGCUGGAAACUGGGUAAGUGCAAAUAUAAGCUAGUUGUAGGCGUCAAAGGUAACAAAAAGUCGAUCUGAAUUUAUUGAAGGAAAAUCGGUUGCCUUGUGAUUUAUGCAGGACAAGAUGUAUUUUAUUUACUCAAUGUCUGUAAUAUAGAUGUAGUGCAGUAGAUUUUAAUUUCCAGAAUGUUUUAUCAUCAGUUGUCUGCUCCAAGAUUACAUAAUCUAGAAGUUGGAAAUGACCUUCCUACAAUGUUUUUUUUUUUUUUUUUUUUUGCAUAUCUGAAUGAUUUCCCUGCUGUACAUUGUGACUUUUAUAAUGUUUUAUAAGUGUAGAUGUUAUGCAGCUGAGUGUCUGAGAUGACGCAUGUUGGAAUAUCAUUACAUAUUGAAAUACAGGUCAAAACUUCAAAAAUGUUGUACAUGUAAAUAAAACUCACACUUUUUCUGUUUUC